AUGGCGGCUGCAGGCUGCAGUGACGGCGAUGCACGGCUGCCGUCGUCUCUCGACGCAGCCAAGAUCACAUCGCUUCCGGCCACUGCCUAUUAUCUGCCCAACUUCAUCAGCGAGGAGGAGGAGCGCAUGAUUCUCGAUAAAACUUGGCCAUCGGAUCUCGUCCAAAACAGGCUACUGGACGCACCGCUGCCUCAAUGGCUCGAGACGCCCGUGGUGUCGCGGCUGCUGUCCCUCCCGCUCUCCGACGACAACGACGGCGAUGCUGAUGGCGCUGCGUAUUGGCCCGUCGUGUGCACCGUCAGCCUGGGCGCCAGCAUCUGUCUGAACCUGUACCGCAACAAAGAAGACGGCGCCCUUGACCCCGAUCCUGCUUGGCGAAUCAUCCAGGAACCUCGUAGUCUUCUCAUCACUACAGCGACUCUAUAUACGGACUAUCUGCAUGGAAUAUCCGACAUCAAACAAGAUAUAGACCUAUCCGCCGAUACGAUUGUAAAUUGGCCGUUGCUUCGGGAUCACGAGGCGUUUGCCAGCGGCCAAAGCGUGAGACAAACCCGCACUAGUCUCACGUACCGAGAUGUCCUCAAAGUUUCCAAGGUUGGAAACAAGCUGGGUCUGUUCAACAAGCGAUGA